CUAAUUUCUAAACCCCUCUCAAUUGACAAAAUCUCAAGCUUGCUUGCAUUUUGUUCAAUUGGAUUGAGGAAGGAGUAAUAAUGCAUCCUCCAUUAACGCUUCACAAGCAUCCCAUGUGUGCCGAAGGGGUUCUCUGGCUAUUUCUCCAAUUAAAGCUUCAAACAGCCCAAAAUGCACCAUCUUAAAUCCUAUACUCAUAAUGGCAAUGUCUUUUCUAGUCCGUGAAUAUGGUGCAAAUGUGGUUGUCCAAGAACAUUUAAAGUCCUCUGAAAUUGUUGAUGUAUCAAAGAUAAUUGAGCUGUUCCAGCAGUGUCAUUUGGAUCAUCCUAUUGGUAAAUUCUUUGGUGAAUGUACGGAUCUCAAGAUAAAGCUUGAUCGUUGCUUUCGACAGGAAAAAGCUCUAAAGAGGAAAGAAAACUUUGAACAGAGUAAGAAACUGAAGGAAAGGUUGCAUGCUUUCAGGAAAGAAAGUGCUGAGACAAGCACCGAGUAGGGUAAUUUUGUACCCUUAAUUGCCAAGUCUUCGACGAUGGUGGACCCAUUUUUUUCUUUUUAACCACACAAUUAUUUAACAUAGACCGAAGAUGAUAGCGUGUUUAUAUGCUAUCACAUAUUGGUGAUAAGCUGGAAUGAGCAAAUUAGAUUGCUCUGCAUAUUUCUUUUCAUGCAUAAAAGAAAAUGGAACUAUGAUUCAUAAUAGUUUAUUUGAUUGAGUUACCCAACCAGCUUGUAUAUCUUUAUUUGUUACAAUUCACAUUUUCAAAAUAAAUUAUAUGUCAUUACAGAUUCAUUUGUUUA